GUCAAAAUGUCACAAUUUAAUUGUACGCUGAAAACAAGAACCAAGUGCACACAAUUUUCUUAGCAAAAAUGUAUCGCUUCAGGUUUGAAGAAGUAAUUGAAACCACCGUUAGCUAUUCGCCACGGAAAAAACUCAAAUCACAUUGUUUGAACUGUUCCAGAAAGAAAGCAGAGGAAACACUCAAAAGUACGAUGUCCGAGCAAACAAUUUGUAAUACUCAAGUUAACAAUAGUCAACCGCGAAAGAUUGGUUCCGUUGCGGAUAUCGAUCCAACAAGCGGUGUAUAUGGGUCGAUGGGAUACAACAGUUACGCGCAUCAAUCACAUUCUCAGCCACAACAGCAACUAUCACACCAUCACCAAUUACACUAUGCCCAGCAGCAGCAGCAGCAGCCACAAAUGUCAAUUUCGUCACAAAUGCAGCAACAGCAGCCAUCAACUUCUCAGUCGCAACAAGAACAAUCACAAAAUCAACAAUUUCACUUCCCUCAACAGAGCACUUCGUUUGAAUCAUCGCCAUCGAAAAUAGCAGACGUUUUAAAGGAUAAGUUUCAUGAAGUUAGUGAUGUCAUGAUGAAGGGAUCGCCACAGGACAGAAAAAAUCUUGCAAGUGUUUUAGUGUGCGCAAUGACGAAGAACAAAGAUCUAAGUGCUGCGAAAACAUCCACCAUUCGUCGACAAAUUCUAUUUGAAUCAUCGGAUGGUUCAUCGCUAAGCAGCCAAGAGAUGUUUGGAGUAUUUCAAAGGUUAAAGCCAAACGAUUUUCAAAGUUUCAAAGUAACGGUCUUGCCAUUGUUGUCGGCUUCGAGCCGAACACUUGCCGAAAACAUCAUCGGUAAUUUGGAAUACAUGGUGGAAGCAUUCAAUCAUGGCGGCACCAUUCAAAAAGAAGAAGAUUUGAACUCGGCCAUAUGCCAUCUCCAGAAAAACUUUGAAUAUUACCGAACAAAUAGAUCUUUUCCCGGGGUACGUGAUCUGAUGAUUGGUCAUUUGUUAGGUAAUGGUAUAAUUAAAAUCAAAGAUAAGUCGAGAUUUACAAAAGUGAUGAAUUAUAUGUCAGGGUUAACAACAACAGAGCAAUAGAUUCCAUUUUUGUUCAAUUUACAUACUUGCAAUUGCGAAUGGUUGUACACACGAAAAAUUCCAUUUCCAAAAACAAUUUCUAAAACAAUGCAAAUCAUAGAAUUUUCAAGUAAGAAGAAGAUUAUUGUGUUCAUAGGUAUAACUCCUUUUUUUUCCUACAAAAAUAAACAUCACCAUGCAAA